CAUACGUCGCGACUAAAGAAGCGCCUGUACGACGUUAGGCUGCUUCUUUUCAUUGUCGAUACGCUACGAGACUCUUCAAAUCGAGUCAGUACGCGACGUGAGUUCAAUUGACGUGAGAGAAACUGACUCGUGCGAAUAUACAGACAAACAAUUCAAAGCGUUUCGUUUACGAUACAACGUGCUCAACAAUAAUAACUUUGUGCAAAGAGAUACAUUCGAUACAUGGCGAGAUGUUUUACACAACACUUUGAGUCGCGCGACGCAAAUUCAAUCCAGACUGUUCCAAACGGCCAUUACGUAUGAAUUCAUCAUCGUGAAAACGUAACAAAUAUCAGACAAUUACCAACAAUUUCGCGCGAAAAGAAAUACAUUCAGCUUAUUUGAGAAGACCAAUCAUCAUACGCAAGCGUGCGCGCCACAUUUGAAAUCUUUCAGCCACACUCGAAAUUCGUGCAAUGGCUGUCCGAACACACGUAGUUCUGUUCAUCAUUGCUUUCGCCGCUUCGCUACCGGUUUCUCAAGCCGCCUCUGCUCAUAUCCACACACAUCAACACAGUAAGAUUGAAAACAAUGAAAGGAUGCAGGAUGGAGCAUUCAGCCCUCGUGACGCUGACCACUACGUGGAAGGAGAACAUCAUCAAGAAUUUGAUCAUGAAGCUAUCCUAGGAAGCGUAAAAGAAGCAGAAGAAUUUGACAAACUUCCAAUAGAAGAAUCCAAAAGAAGAUUAGGGGUUUUAUUGACCAAGAUGGAUUUGAACAAUGACAAAUAUAUAGAAAGGAAUGAGCUAAAAGCUUGGAUCUUGCGUUCAUUUAGCAUGCUGUCUGCAGAGGAAUCUCAAGACCGCUUAGAAGAUGCUGAUAUAGACGAAGAUAGCAAAGUGACUUGGGAUGAAGUCCUGCAAGAUACAUAUGGCAGUGAUCCUGAAGAUCUAGCUCUUGAUGACAACUUGGUUCAAAACGACAAACAAACAUUUGAUGCUGCCGAUUUAAAUAAAGAUGGUUAUUUAGAUACAGACGAGUUCAAAGCUUACACUCAUCCUGAGGAGACACCCAGAAUGUUUCCACUUUUGUUAAAACAAGCUUUGGAAGACAAAGAUACAGAUAGAGAUGGACACAUUAGUUUCCAAGAGUUCAUUGGUGACAGAGCUAGGUCAAAAGAUAAAGAAUGGUUACUGUCAGAAAAGGAGAAAUUUGACUAUGAACAUGACAAAAAUGGAGAUGGUAGACUUGAUUCAGAUGAAAUUCUUUCUUGGCUUGUACCAAGUAAUGAAGAAAUAGCAAGUGAUGAAGUAGAUCACUUAUUUGCGAGUUCCGAUGACGACCAUGAUAACAGAUUAUCAUUCAAUGAGAUUUUGGAUCAUCACGAUAUUUUUGUAGGUAGCGAAGCUACAGAUUAUGGUGAUCAUUUACAAGACAUUGAGCGUUUCAGUGACGAACUCUGAGAAUCAUUGGCCGAGCUCGUGAUAAUAUAUGUUUCAUAAUGUUCACCAAAGUUUUGCGUGACUGAAAGUAUUAUUAAUACACUACUCAAAACAAUAAUGGAGCCAAAGUUUCUUCAAAGAACUUUAAAUUGAUAAAACAAAAAAUGGAUCCAAUUUGUGUGCUUAAGCGACUAAAAUAUUGUGUUCCAAAUGUUUUAACAUGUGCUGAGAUUAUUAUUAAGAGAAAUAUUCACAAUCAAAAAUUUAUUAUAUUAUAUAUCUAUUGAAAAAAUUAUUCCAUUCAUUGUUUUAAGCAGUAUAUUUUUCAAUGCACCCCUUUUUCAGCUUUUAUCUAUUUUAGUCUAUUUAUAUAAUCUUAACGACAAAUUUGUAUUAAGAUGCAAAAGAUUAAUGAGAUUUGCACAUUCAUAUAAAUAGUUACAUUCACCUAUAUACAUUCAUAUGUAUGCAUUCACAAUAAUUUUCAAAGUGUUGCGCUACACAAAAUAUUGUCUUCCAAUUUUUACCAAACAUGAGUGCCAUAAUAAAAAACGGAGAAAGAAAAUAGAUUAGAACAAAAAUCAUAUUUCUCAUUGCAAGUGUGAAUAGAGUCAUUAAGUUUAAUUGCUAUAGGUGUCAUUAUUAAAUUGUAAAUAUUAUUGUAUGCAUAUUGCAUAUAAAGCACAAUUUUCUUGAGUUUAUAAGAUAAUUUUUGUAGUUGAUAUUAAACAACUUGUAUUUCUUUUA